CGUCCGGCCCGGGUUCCGCGCCGCUAGGGCGCGGGCGGGGUCGGGGGUUGCGUGGCCGGCGCUGCCCGCCCGCCUCGAGUCCGCGUCCCGGGCCCGGGCGGCCGGCGAGCAUGGAGGAGAAGUACCUGCCGGAGCUGAUGGCGGAGAAGGACUCCCUGGACCCCUCCUUCACGCACGCCCUGCGGCUGGUGAACCAAGAAAUACAAAAGUUUCACAAAGGAGAAGGCAAGGACGAAGAAAAGUACAUUGAUGUGGUGAUUAAUAAGAACAUGAAGCUGGGACAGAAAGUGUUGAUUCCUGUAAAACAGUUCCCUAAGUUCAACUUUGUGGGAAGACUUUUGGGGCCACGUGGCAAUUCUCUGAAGCGCUUACAAGAAGAAACCUUGACAAAAAUGUCCAUCCUUGGAAAAGGCUCCAUGAGAGACAAGGCAAAGGAAGAAGAGUUGAGGAAAAGUGGAGAAGCAAAGUACUUCCACCUGAAUGAUGAUCUCCAUGUUCUGAUUGAAGUGUUUGCCCCGCCAGCAGAAGCCUAUGCCCGGAUGGGACAUGCUCUGGAGGAAAUCAAAAAGUUCCUCAUUCCUGACUAUAAUGAUGAAAUCAGGCAAGCACAGCUCCAGGAAUUAACAUAUUUGAAUGGUGGUUCAGAAAAUGCAGAUGUACCAGUUGUUCGAGGGAAACCUACCUUGCGUACAAGAGGUGUACCAACCCCAGCUAUUACCAGGGGAAGGGGAGGAGUCGCGGCCCGGCCGGUGGGAGUCGGGGUACCGCGAGGGACGCCGACUUCCAGGGGAGUCCUUUCCACGCGAGGGCCAGUGAGUCGAGGAAGAGGACUUCUCACUCCCAGAGCAAGAGGCGUCCCCCCAGCUGGGUACAGACCUCCACCGCCGCCCCCAACACAAGAGACCUAUGGAGAUUAUGACUACGAUGAUGGAUAUGGCACUGCUUAUGAUGAACAGAGUUAUGAUUCCUAUGAUAACAGCUAUAGCGCCCCAGCCCAAAGUGGUGCUGAUUACUAUGAUUAUGGACACGGACUCAGUGAAGAGACUUACGAUUCCUACGGGCAAGAGGAGUGGACUAACUCAAGACACAAGGCACCCUCGGCGAGGACAGCAAAGGGCGUCUACAGAGACCAGCCAUACGGCAGAUACUGACUGUACUGUCUGAUGUUGUGACAUAGCCAGGCUCCGCCAGUCCUGUAUACUGUUCAAAGUAAUUGUUUUCUAUGAACAAUCCCUUUUUAAAUAGAUCAAAAUGCUUAACAUCUGAAUGGAUGGAAUUUAAAAUUUCUUUGUUGAAACAUCAACCUGGGAAAAAAAAAAAAAAAAAAAAAAAGACAUGUAAAAUUUUGUUAUUUCCAGUCUGUAUAUGAAAAAAUAGGUCAUCAAAAGGAAAAAAAAUAACUUUGAUUAACUAGUGUUAAACAAAAAAGAUAGGUUUACUAAAUAUGUUAAUCCAUCCUUUUAACAUAAGCCUCACCUUUCAUUUUAAAGGUUUCCAUAGAAAUUUAGUUAUUUUAUCUUUCAGCCAUAUGCUAGUUGUUUUUUUUUUCUCUUGCCAACAUGCGUAAAAAGGGAAGCCAAUUACAAGUGCAAAUAAUGUGGUAUUCUUUUGUAACUCAAGUCUUGAAAUGUUCUGUAGUGUUAAGCAAAGUCUCCUCUUGCUUGAUACUAAAUAAACUUUUGAAA